UGAAACUACUGGUCGAUAUUGUUUGUGUUUGACAGAUACAUACUUCAGAGAUUUUAGUGUUUUCCUCGAAACUCAGAUUCUAAAUAAAUAAAUAAAUAUGGAGACCCAAAGUAGCGAUUUCAGUGAUCUAAAACCGGCUCCACAUGAGUAUACGCCGCGUUUAAAUGAAGUGGCACAAAAGUUUCUUGCCGAUCUGGAGGAAGAACGUCAGCGUCUGUCGGAACAGUUUCCCCUUUGUGGACUACUAAUUGAUGAGGCUGUGGAUCGUGUUUAUUGCACUGGCCGCAUUCCUGGCAAGGAAUUCUACGCGGAUGUGUAUAAGCAGAAGCCCAUGAAAAUCACACAGAAAGUGUUUGUACCCGUUAAGCAAUAUCCAAAGUUCAAUUUCACUGGCAAAAUCCUAGGUCCCAAGGGCAAUUCCCUGCGUCGCCUGCAGGAGGAGACCCAAUGCAAAAUUGCCAUUAAAGGUCGCAGCUCCAUACGUGAUCGCAACAAGGAGGAACAAUUGCGAAAUUCAGGUGAUCCACGCUAUGCCCAUUUACAAAAGGAUCUGUUCCUUGAAGUCAGCACAGUGGCCACUCCAGCUGAAUGUUAUGCACGCGUUGCCUAUGCCCUGGCCGAGAUACGUAAGUAUCUAAUUCCAGAUAAAAAUGAUGAAGUCUCACAUGAGCAGCUGCGCGAACUCAUGGAAAUGGAUCCCGAAUCGGCCAAGAGUAUUCAUGGUCCCAAUUUGGAGGCUUACAGAUCCGUUUUUGAUAAGAAAUUUGGUGGUCCCGGUAGCAGCGCGGCACCCAAAUAUUUGAAUCUUAUCAAGCGAGCUGCGGAAAAUCCGCCUGAACUCGAUGAGGCUGAUGAGGUGGCUUAUGAAUAUGAGCAUCGUAUGCCUAUAAAACGAGAGCCACACGCCGGAUAUCAGUACAGCAAACCACGUCCAUCAAUAAUACCAACCAAUGCGGCUGCUUAUAAACGUCCACAACCAUAUCCAACUGACAUGAAACGUAUGCGCGAACCACCAAUCAAGUCGUAUAAACCGAAUGCGUAUACCAUACUCAAAAAAUAUAAAUGAAAAAUCGCCAAUUACUUAUGAUAUACAAUAUCCUAUAUAUAUAUAUAUGAAAUUAACAUACACACAUCAUGUGUCUGGGGGACAAAGUAAAACUAUAUAAAAGCAGAGCAGAGCAAAACAGAAAAAACCAAUCAACAAAUAAGCAAAACGAAAAAACGAAAUAUAACAUCUAAGAGAAUACAAACAAAAAACAAAUAAUCCACGACGCUAAAUAAUAUAAUAAUAUACAAACCAUGUAUAAAAUAAAUGAUGAUGAAACGUAUAUUAACAAUAUAUAUUACCAUAUAUGAAUUUA